ACUUUUGUUUGUUUUUGUUGGGUUUAGACUUUUUUCUGUUAUUAGUUACGCUGUUUUGUGGUUAUUGUUUCAAGCGAAUUUAUUAACUUUAACUAAGACCUUUCUUACGUUAACUUUUGUUGAUCAGCUAAUAAGUGUUUGCCUGUUUGGUGGCAUUUCGUGAUUAAAUUCCGCUGACUAGUGUGCUCUGGUAGAGUGGUACUAAUCCUGGAAGAUCGUAAAGUGUGCAGAGAUGGCGCAAGUCAGUAUGGGCAUGGAUCAUGAUUUCAAAAUGCGAACAUCUCAGGAACGUGCCAGAGUGGAAGAUAUUUUUGAUUAUGAAGGAUGCAAAGUUGGUCGCGGAACUUAUGGCCAUGUAUAUAAGGCCAAACGCAAAGAUAGGUCUGAUGAAAGGGAAUACGCGCUGAAGCUGAUUGAAGGAACGGGAAUCAGCAUGUCCGCAUGCAGAGAAAUCGCCUUAUUACGGGAACUUCGUCAUCCCAACGUUAUUAACCUGCAGAAAGUGUUCCUCUCCAUGGGCGACAGGAAAGUCUGGCUGCUCUUUGAUUUCGCCGAGCACGAUUUGUGGCAUAUUAUAAAAUUCCACCGGGCGGCGAAAGCUACGAAGAAGACAGUCAGUGUUCCUAAAAGCAUGAUAAAAAGCCUGCUGCAUCAAAUUCUGGACGGCAUCCAUUACCUGCACCAAAACUGGGUGCUGCAUAGAGAUCUGAAACCGGCUAACAUUUUGGUGAUGGGCGAAGGAGCAGAGCGUGGGCGCGUCAAGAUUGCGGAUAUGGGAUUUGCACGCCUUUUUAACUGCCCGCUGAAACCUUUGGCUGAUUUGGAUCCGGUUGUGGUAACGUUUUGGUACCGUGCACCGGAAUUGCUUUUGGGAGCAAGACAUUAUACAAAGGCGAUAGAUAUUUGGGCCAUUGGAUGUAUUUUCGCCGAGUUGCUCACAAGUGAACCUAUUUUUCACUGUCGACAGGAAGACAUAAAAGCGAAUAGUCCGUAUCAUCAUGAGCAGCUGGACAGAAUAUUCAAUGUGAUGGGUUAUCCCAAUGAAAGAGACUGGGAAGAUCUGAAAUGCAUGCCGGAGUAUGGCACAUUAAACAAGGAUUUCAAGCGAACAAAUUACGCCAGCUGUUCUUUAACGAAGUAUACAGAAAAACACAAAAUCAAAUCCGACAGCCGGGCGUUCCAGCUGCUUUCCAGACUGCUGAUUAUGGAUCCUACGAAGAGAUUAACGUCUGAGAGUGCUAUGAAAGACCCCUACUUUCUAGAAGAUCCUCUCCCAACCGCAGACGUUUUUGCCGGCUGCACUAUUCCUUACACGAAGCGGGAAUUUAUUACAGACGAAGAAGAGAAAGAGGAUCCGAAUAAGGUGCGGGCGUCGUCUGCGUUGGACACAUCCAGCACAGCAGCUGGAGUAAAUGAUGCCUUGGCGCAGUCUUCGGCUCCUAAGAAGCCGAAACUGUCUACUCAACAGCACGGCCAGGAUUUUCAGGCUCCGGGACAUUCUGGUGCUCAGGCAACCACGACAACGGACACGCAGUCUGGCACAACCAUUUCAUCAAGCACAUUUACCCCAGCGGUAAACACAUCGCACUCUUCUAGUUCCCGGCAUUAUUCCCAAAGAUAUUGAGUGAUCUUCUGAAGACACCAAAUUUUGGAUCUCACUUACAGUACAGUAUUAACCUUCAAUUGUUUCAAUUCAACUGUUUGUCUCGGUGAAGUGGUUCUGCACUUCUUGCUGACUUUUAAAUGUUUCCAACUUCGAUGUGGUAUGCUGUUGCACCAUUUAAAUGUAAACCUGACACACUGGCCUUUGUUUCGGUUGUUUGUAAGUGGCUACGGUUAGUGCAGUAUUAUGGUUGAACACUUCUGUACAUUAUAAAUAACACUAGAGGAAUAAAUACGAGUAAUCAAUGAGAACUACUCUAAUCUAGGUUGGAUAGUGAGUGGAUCAGUGUGUGCACUGCGCGCGUACUGCAAAGUGCAAUCUCCGUUUGGACCAUUGUUUAAUUUUGUUGGAUCGAGGAAAUAUACUGUUUUGUUUUUUAUCAACUUGUAUUUCUCAUUUAUCAAAAGAUGCGUCGGAACUUGCUAGCGUUAUCA